AUGGCCUGUGAUAACGUAACAAACAGAUCAGUAGAUGAGAAUUUGGUUAUGACACCAGAUGAGAAACUCCAUCAACAGGUGUCCAUUGUGGUGUACGGCUACGCAUUACCCUGCGUCUGUAUCUGCGGCAUCAUAGGCAACACUCUGAACCUCAUAAUCCUGACACGGCGCAAACUGAGGAAGUCUAUACGAAGCCUGGAACAGUCCGCCAACAUGUGUCUCAUUAGUCUUGCCUUAGCCGAUCUCAUGUGCUGUCUUUUUGCCUUCCCAACCAUGUUUUUGACAGGAAAAAGGUUCUACCCAGAGCGCGGCUUCUUGCUCUAUUAUGAGAUGUGCUCAGCGGCCAUUAUCAGUGCUGUAAUCAUGGUCAGUACGUGGAUUACUGUGACCAUGGCGAUUGAGCGCUACCUGGCCAUUUGUCACCCGCUAAGCUCCGGCUUCCUCCUCACACCAUACCGGACUAAGGUGGUUUUGGUGAAUGUCUACGUCUUAUCUGCAGUGUUUAAUAUUCCUGUGCUGUGGCGUUACCAGAUCAGGGAGAACCUGUGUGAGAACGCAACCUUUUUCAGUGUGGAGCAAGUGCUAGUUGGCGGAAAUACCACCACAGAGAAUUUCUAUCGCAGUCUUUGGGCCGCUGUUGGUAAUUUCAUACCCCUGAUUCUGCUGCUCUACUGCAAUGUUUGCUUGUGUAGAAAAAUCCACAAGAGUUACAAACUGAGGAAAAAAUUCCAGGUAGAUUACAACAAAAGCCCAAAUGACACUGGAAACACUUUGACGGUCAUUCUUAUCGUGAUUGUCCUCAUGUUUUUCACCCUUGUGGCUCCUUCAGAGAUAGUCAAACAGAUCACUCACGCCACGCAUAAUGAAGACAACUUCAAAUAUCUUACCAUAGAAGUCAUUACAAACUUUAUGCAGUCUUUGAACUUUGCAGGUAACUUUGUCAUGUACAUAAUUUUAAGCCCAUAUUUCAGGAGAGUUCUUAAGCAAAUGUUCUGCACCUUUAACUUCAGUAAAGGUAACAAUAUGGAACUUAAAUCUUAUGUUAGCAGUUAUGUGUAA